AUAUAUCUAUAUAUAUAUGCGCUCUAUGGUCCUGUUCUAUCUAAAGAGGCCCUCUCUCUUUGCCUCCCAAUUGAGCUCAAAAUAUUUGUUUUCGCUCUUUCCCUCUGUGUUGUGGUGAGCAAGAACUUGUUAGGGAGAGAUGAUUUGCGCGGUGGCGCGGGAGGGAAGAGAGAAGCAGCGGUUCGGCAGCGGCGGCGGCCGCAUCGUCGUCGGAUGUAUCCCCUACAAGUUUAAGGUCAACAAGCCCUUUGACAUUGGCAACAUGAUUGCUGAAGAAGCAAUAGAGGUGCUUGUCAUAAGCUCACAAAAGGGGCAUGGAAUGAUGUUCCCAAAGGGUGGGUGGGAAAUCGAUGAGAAGAUAAAACAAGCAGCCUCUAGAGAAGCAUUUGAGGAAGCAGGUGUGAGAGGGAUUGUUGAGGGUUGCCUCGGCAAUUGGAAGUACAUAAGCAGGAGAUAUAAGCAGAUCUAUGAGGGGAUUAUGUUCCCUCUGAAUGUUACUGAGGAAUUAGCUCAGUGGCCCGAGAUGAACACGCGCAAGCGACAAUGGGUCACAGUGGCAGAAGCAAAGCAAGGUUGUGAACACUUGUGGAUGAAAGAAGCAUUAGAUAGAUUGGUUUCAAGCCUCUCAACUUCUACAAAUCAAUUAGAAACUGCAACUAUGGGCUCAAAAAUCUAACCAUAGCACCAAGUUUGUAGUAGAUCAUUCUUUUUUCCUUUUUAAGUUUCUUGGAGGAGAAAUAGGAUAUUCUUUUAUAUGAUCUUCAAUAGAUUAACAAAAUAGCCAUUCUUUUUGUACAUGAACCCGGUGGUGAUAAUUGCUGAGGUUUUUGAAUGGCUCAGUGAUCAUCCAUCACCUAAUAAAUUAAGAAAUAAACACAAGAAGCAUUUUUUUUUUAAUCAUUUUGAAAUGUCCUUUGAUUCUGAAGCAAUAAGAGAGCUCUUUUUCUUUUUUUU